AUGAAUCCCAAUUUCAUUUUCUUCUUCGGAGCCGUCACCUCACUCAUGAUGGUCGCAACUGCAACCAUGACUUCUGCGCUGCCUUGUCAUCAGUGUGUCGGCGGGGACUUUUUGCUCAGAAAAUCUCUGAUGCAAAAUCCCAUUGCAUUGCAAACAAUGGGAUGGGUGCACAAAUGGAGCGAUACCGACUGCCUUACCGGCAACUUCCACAUCAUCCAUAACUGCCAGACAACCUGUGUCACAAUUUGGAUUCGAAAGGUGCAAGGACAUUCCAAUGGUGUCAUGUUCGACUGCGCCGACGACUUGAUCUACCACACCCCAGACAUCCCAGGCAAGGGUAACCUCUAUUCGAAAGAGGCUAUCAUUUUCAAAGAUGACGUGGAGUAUCAGAAUGUUAGACAAGGAUACAACAUCACCUAUCAAUUCAGCACCGAGACUAUUCCGGUGGACCAAAAAUUGAUGGCCACCUAUUUCCCGGUCAGCAAGAAAAACAUGACCUAUCCUGCCGCCGAUCAAAAAAUGUCAACUGCAACAUUGAUUUUCUACUGGAUCCUCCUUGGAACCUGCUUCAUGGGACUCUUGGUUGUGGUGUGGAUCAAGUGCUGUGCAAAUAAGCCUCGUCAGCACGCUCAGAACGAACUUAUGUCUUCAUUGGCAGCCAACAUCGACCAGCAUCGUUCUGAGAAUCAGAUCAGUCGUCAGUAUACGGAAAUCUCUGUCUAA